AGAGAGUGAGAGAGAGAGAGAGAGAGAGAGAGACUGCAGCUCAUGUCCUGUCCUCUUGUAUAUCAGCUCUCUUACAUAAACAUACAUCACGAAGAAAUAUUUAGAAUAAUUAACUGUGGGAGGAGGAAAGGAACCAGAGAAGUGAGAGGAUUAAAAGAGAAAAGACCAGCCAAACAGACAGAGAAGAGAGAGCGAGGGAGGAAAGAGAGGCGAGAGAAGAAGGAGGCAGGCGGAGGACGGAGAUGUUGCUGAAUUCGUCUUCUUCAGAAUAAUGAAUCAACAGUUCUGAAUUGAUUAACAAAUGUUUUGUGGAUCUUCUCAUCAGCGGUCAGACGACACUGAAGUGAUUGGCACCAUCCACGCUGAUAAACAUGAAAGUGUACAUAACAGCAAUCUCGUUUAUCACCAUAUCAAUCUGUUUUACUGAGACGUUUGAUAUUUACGAGGACGUUUGUGGAAGUUUGUGUGUUUGCGAAGAAAAAGAUGGAAUUUCGAUAACCAGCUGUGAAAGACAAGGAAUUGUGAGUCUCUCUGAAGUCAGAUUUCUGCGCUUCAACACACAUCAUCUGUUUCUCACAGGAAAUCUGCUGAAAAAACUUUCGCUUGAUGAUUUCUCACAUUAUGAGGGACUCCGGAUUUUACAUCUGGGCAGUAAUGACAUCUCUGAAAUAGAGACUGGGGCUUUUAACGGACUGAGCGCACUAAAGCGCCUGCACUUAAACAACAACAGGAUCGAGGUGCUCAGAGACGAUACGUUUACUGGCCUUGAAAGUCUGGAAUACCUUCAAGUAGACAAUAAUUACAUUAACCGCAUUGAGCCAAACACCCUCAAUGGGUUACGUUGUCUAGAUGUGUUGAUUUUGAACGAUAACUUGCUGGGUUCCUUGCCCCAAAAUGUUUUUCAGUCUGUUUCUUUGACCCACCUUGAUCUUAGAGGGAACCAGCUUAAGGUUCUUCCUUAUAAUGGACUUCUUGAACAUUUAUCCAAAAUUGUGGAAAUACAGCUAGAAGAGAAUCCUUGGAACUGUACUUGUGAGCUUAUUGGCCUCAAAGGCUGGCUCGAAAGCAUAUCGUACACAGCGUUAGCAGGAGAUGUAGUGUGUGAAACGCCAUUCCGGCUUCACGGAAGGGACCUUGAUGUGAUCUCCAAACAGGAGCUAUGCCCAAGAAGAGCCGUAGCUGAAUAUGAAAUGGGUGCAGAAGCAUUUCAUGAGCCUGAGGCAAUCGCGUCUUCAAAUAUUGUACGCGCUACACAACCCACAAAGAGCAGCCGUCAAUCAGGGAAGCUGCGUACCAGACCGACAGCGAGGGCUUCAACCAGCAAACCACAGAACUAUGGCCCAGCGGCAGCGUACCAAACCAAAUCCCCGGUCUCUCUUGAGUGUCCCACCGUAUGUACCUGUAAUCUCCAAAUCUCAGAUCUUGGCUUGAACGUGAACUGCCAAGAGAGGAAAAUUGAGUGCAUCUCAGAUCUAAAUCCCAAACCAUAUAAUCCAAAAAAGAUGUACCUCACAGGAAACUACAUCAACUCUGUGCACAGUUCAGACUUUGUAGACACUCCCGGCUUGGAUCUGCUUCACCUGGGCAAUAAUCGAAUAUCCGUCAUUCAUAGCAAAACCUUUGCAGAGUUACAUAACUUACGGAGACUUUAUUUGAACGGAAACUUAAUAGAGCGUCUCACGGACGAUAUGUUCUCAGGCUUAGAGCGCCUUCAGUUUCUCUACUUGGAGUACAACGUGAUCAGAGAAAUAGAACCUGCGACUUUUGCACAAGUACCCAAUCUUCAACUUUUAUUCCUCAACAAUAACCUUCUCAAAACAUUGCCAGUGGGAGUUUUCACUGGUUCAAUCUUGGCACGGUUGAAUCUGCGCAACAAUCACCUACGAUACGUGCCAGUGGAUGGUGUUUUGGAAGAUUUGACGUCGUUGGUGCAGAUAGAUCUGUUCGAGAACCCUUGGGAUUGCUCCUGCUCAAUUGUGGAAUUGAAAAAAUGGCUGGAAGAGCUGAGUUCUGGAAUCGUGGUGAAUGAUGUGAUUUGUGAAUCUCCAACAAAAUUCACUGGAGAGGAUUUACGCUUGGUUCAUCCUUCUGAUCUUUGUCCAGUUGUUUCUCAUGGUCAAACAUCCCUGCUUCCUCCAUCAGAAGAAUCCUUCCCAGGCAGCACCGUUACUUUAGAGACAACGCUGGAUUACAAUCCGCUAGACCCCACGGUUCCUCUCUCUGUGCUCAUCCUCACUUUGCUCCUUAUUUUCAUUGCGACUGUAUUCAUUACCGCUGGCCUGUUCACGAUGUUCAAAAUAAAACGCCACAACAAGAACAAGAGCAAAAACACAGACUCCAGGUCCUUUGAUAUAGUUUAUGUUGACAGACCAGUAGCAAAGAUCAGGACUUCAGCAGGUCAUGUUUAUGAAUAUGUCCCUCCUCUUCCAGCAUCUAAAUUUCCCACUGAUGUUGUUCUAGAAGAACGGUACAGUGAUUUUGAGGAGCAGCAUGCUUUAUCAUACACCUCGGAUGAGGAAUUGAGAAGCAUCAUAAAUGGCUCAGAGUUUAGUGCAAGUAACCGACCUUCACCUCUACAAGAUGACAACCUUUUUUAUCGAGACAUCCUGACAAGAAGCCACCAAGGCUCCUGUAGAUCCGGUUUACCGUGCAAGCACAGUACAACACUGUAUUCACCUGAUUACAGCGUGAAACAUCAGUAUUUACAUCCAGAAAGAAUACAACAAACAAUGAUGUACAUGAAGCCCAACAGUGCCGAAUAUUGGGAGUUAAAAGCACAGCUGAAGUUUGAGCCUGAUUAUCUGGAAGUUCACGAGAAAAGGACAACAUUCACUCAGUUUUGAGUUUUGUGUUCAGUGUCUUGGAUAUUGGAAUUCAUGUCUAGUUAAUAUCAGGGCUGAUGUGCGAAUGGCUUCUGAAAAUAACUCCUUGAAGUCUGAGACCAAACACUUUCAUAAAACCUGGAAGAUCAAAUAAGAGUAAAUCUUAUGGAAACUAAUUUAAGAGUAAAUCUUGAUCAUGAAGGAUAACGGUUUCAGCACUGUAAUCCAGGUGUACCUGAAAAUCCCAACAAAACCUGCUGUUCAUGAAAAAAUAAUAAUAAUAAUAAUAAUAAUAAGAAGAAGAAGAAGAAGAAGAAGAAGAAGAUGAUGAAGACUAUCCACCAAAGGCAAUCUGAGGGGUCCAAACACCGUUGUUUUUCCAAAUAGCCUCUCCAGUGGCCAGUUCUCCACAGGAACAAUAAAGACACCAAACCUUUCAUGAACAAAUGUUUCAGGUUUCAUGACAUUAACUCAGUGUUAAUCUUAUCAAAUACCUACUGAAAGCUGAUUGGCUGGUGCUGGCUAAGCUUUUUAAAUAAUCUGGUCUGGUCAUCAGAAAUCUAUGUUCAGACCGGCACAAAGAUGCACUACACCAAAUCUCAGCUUUAAAGUCUGAUUUACUCCUCCUGAGAAUCUCCACUUGACUCCAUCGGCGAGGGUUAAACUCCAGGAUUCUGCUCUCUCCAUGAAGAUUUACAAAUGAUUAUAUAAAACGAAUACCUCAUGCAGCGAGGAGUUUUCAGUUCAAACACACAGGAAUGUCAUAGUGCGUUUUAAAACAUAAUAUUUUUAGCCUCUCCUCCAUGCAGCACAUCUGAUAACAUUUCUGAUUCAAGAUUUCCACAACAGCCCCGAAGCUACAGUGAGGUUGUACAGCGAGGUAUCAGGGGAUUUUCCUUUAGUGGUAAAUUUGUUUUUAUCAUGCUAAUGGUGUUUCUAAAGGUUUAUUUUUAGUUUCCUCUGAUCACAUAGCACAUGGUCACUAAACCUGGAAGUUCAGGGCUUCUUCAGUGCACCUCUUCCACUUGUCCCAUAAGACAAAAGAGUUACAGCAGUUUGGGUCAUUUUCAUUUCAUGCUUUAGGGUUAAAUGUUGAGCUCAGUGGAUUUUCUUCAGGGUUUAAGAGGAAAUGUUAUAUUUCUGUUCCCUUUUUGCAAUUUUAAUAAAGGAAAUAGCAAUAAAAAUACAUUUUAUUUCAAAGCCUUUUUACUAGCCAAUUUUAUACAUCUUACAUUUUGUUUAUAAAAAUGUAAAAACCAAUUAAACAGAUUAAACAUCAUCCAUUUUAUUACUUAUACAACAACAAAAUGACAGGAAAGUGAUCAUUUGUAAUAUAAAGCAUGAGCUGUAAAUUUCCACAAACUUUUUUCAGUUAAUUUUCUUUGUACAAUUACAGUUUAGAUUAAUGUUCUUUUUAAUUUUGCAUUUAUUUAUUAAUAUAUUUAUAUUUAUUUUACAGGUAUUGUUUCAUUCAUUAAAUGAUUUACUCAAGUCUUUAAAAUACCAACGUCACUAUCUCCAGGUCUUCAGAUUCACUUUAUUUCUGCACUUCUUCCUUGUAUGAAAUGAUAAUCGAUGUAAAUACAGUAUAAUAGCAGCGAUGUGUUUAUUUUGGUGUGCGGUUCUAUAAUUUGUAUAAUU